GUCCACAUCGGCACACCGUCUUGGCUGCUUAAGGACUAACUUUAAAUUAGGAGAUCACCCCCAACCAAAAGCAUUCCCUCCGGAAAGUUACAGGGUUCCAUCUGUCUGCCAGUGGUCUUUGGCCUCGGCGUCCAUUCAUCUCUCGUCUUUCUGAAGAAAUCGAAAAACUUUGCAGCGGACUUGGUCAUCUUGGAGGGCUUGAGAAGUCUUCCCAAAGGGUUGUUGAUAUUUGGAAGGUUGGAGAUGAAGUGUCGUGUAAGACUGGAUGUUCUGGACGGGAUUGUCAAGUGGACAUCCUGACCUUCUGUGGUGCUAAGCGUCAGUCUCUUGUCACGGAUCACACAUUGCCUUCCACACGUCCUAUCAGCCAGACCAGAUGUCCGUCUUCAAAGCCAAUCAGCGAGGCCUUGCAAGCGUAGUGUGUAGUUGUAAAGCAUAAAGAAUAAGACAGAUAUCCAUCAUUUUCCCAAUAAGCACAAUAUUCAUGUUUCUAUGGCGUAUAUAGAGUAAAUAUAUAUAACUGAACGUAUCGGUCAAAGUGUUUAUUUUCAAGAAAAAAGACCAGACUACUGUCGUAUGCUUGUACUCGUGUUGUACUUCCAAUGUUAGCAUAGCUGCUCGCUGCUGUUCACGUGGUGAAAGAACUUAGCGCUAAUUGUUAGCUUGCAUAUCAUCGUCGUGAAGGCACAGAGCCAGAGGAGAGUUGACUCGGUGGAGGGAAACCGGCCUGGACCACAACACGAGAGCCACGGACACCAGCAAACCGCCAAAAUUGAUCCGGUGCGUGGGGAAAGCCGCUGGUUCUCUCUGCUGAUUGGCAGCUGUCUCUCUGAUGUUGUGAUGACAUCAUCGCUUCUAGCCAAUCGAUUUUUGUCUCUGCUACUUUUCAGCAUGUCCACUUCGGUCAAUGUUAGCAUGCUGCUAAUGUUAGCAUGUCGCUAAGAGAAAAAUCAUGUCCAAACUUGAUUUGCUUUGGCAAAAAAAAGAGGAAGACGUGCAAAGGGAAACGCCCCUUUGUGAUUGACCCGUUCACAUGUUAGUUACGGUGUGGGGGUGUUGUCACAUGAUCACAUGGUGCUAAUAAUUGUUUCAUGAGCCAAUAACAUUUGUUUUCUUGAUUAGUAUUUGAAACACCACCAGCAUUAAAGAGAUGAGUUUAAUGUACUUUUUAAAAAUCUUCCUGUAAUUCCUUUGUGGAUGAUUGAAACAGCUCGUCUCAUUCGCAGCCGUCAAGUCAUGUUCUCAACACACACACACUUCCGGCCUUCAAUAUAAGAGCCCUGCGCUCCACAUCAUGUCUAACUGUGAUACCAAAAUAUGGGCGUCAUAAAACGUAGCUUGCAAUUCUUCCCACACUUUCUAAGUAAGCAAAUGCUUGAAAAGACUUGAAAGUAGUCAUCAAGUCGUAAAAAGUGAGAUUGCUGUGGCUCCCCUCACGGCUUCCGUACAUACCUGCAUGAAGCGAGGUGUCGCUUUACCGCCCUCCCAUUCCUCCCUGUGAUGCACUUCCGUGUUCACCUGACUGACAACAGCAACACAACACGGACUCUCUUUCGUUUUAAAUGAUUGCAAGAUUUUAAUGUGGACUUCCGGAGCCAAGCGGAGGUGUUAAAGAUUUGUGGACGGAAUGGUUGACGUUGAUGAAGAAAUCACUUCACCGAUUGCGCUCCAGGAUGACAGACAGCAUGAAGACUGAGCUGGUCAGCGCCAUCUGCCUGCAGGAGGUGGAAUUGUCAGACAAGCCGUCAGAUUGCCAAGAGGACGUGAAAAACCACACUGACACGUACACAGUGGAGGACGCCGUGGAGAGUAUCGGUUUUGGAAGAUUUCACCUGCUGCUCUUCAUCAUCAUGGGAAGCUCCAAUAUUGUGGAGGCCAUGGAGAUCAUGUUGCUGGCGGUGGCUUCUCCUGAGAUUCGUUGUGAGUGGCGUCUGGAUGACUGGCAGGUGGCGCUGGUGUCCACAAUGGUGUUUUUGGGCUUCAUGGUGUGCGGCGUCCUCAGUGGAUUCGUGGCUGACAAAUAUGGCCGCUGGAAGGUUGUGUUUGGAGGCUUUGUGUGGAGCGCGUACUUCUCCCUCCUCACCUCCUUCGCUCCGUCCUACCCUUGGUUCAUCUUCCUGCGCAGCAUGGUGGGCUGCGGCGUGGCGGGAGUGUCGCAGGGGUUUGUGUUAAAGACGGAGUUCAUCCCGGCCAAAUAUCGGGGCGUCCUGCUGCCUUUGGCCUCCAUCUUCUGGAUGACUGGAUCCAUGCUCAUCAUCAUCCUGGGAAUGCUGGUGGUUCCCACACUGGGAUGGAGAUGGAUGAUCCGCAUCUCUGUGGCCCCAAGCAUCAUCCUCAUCUUCCUCUUCAAGUUCAUUCCGGAGUCGGCUCGCUUCAACGUCUCGGCUGGGAACGUUCAGGCUGCCGUGGACACGCUCAGCUGGAUCGCCAAGAUGAACAAAGUGUCUCUUCCGCCGGGACGUCUGGUGGAGCCUGUGGUGGAGAAGAAAGGCAACUGGAGGGUUCUGCUCGGUUCCACCUUAAGGAGGACAUCCUUGCUGCUCUGGUAUUCAUGGUUUGUGGCGUCCUUUGCGUACUACGGGUCGGUUCUGAGCAGCUCUGAGCUUCUGGAGAAGAACUUAUUGUGCGUAACGGACGGCGACCACGAGCAUCAGGUCAAAUACCGCCGCGAGGACGAACGGUGUUACUGCAUCCCCUUCGCGUCCAGCGACUACCGCACGCUCCUCAUCAGCUGCCUGGGGGAGGUCGCACUUGUUCCACUAAACAUCUGCCUGCUCAACGUCUUUGGACGGAAAAGGAGUUUAAUGGUCUUGCAGCUGAUGGCGGCCAUGUUCUUCCUGAUGCUCAACAUCUGCACCACAAUGUUUGGCUUCACGGUUCUGUUGUUCCUGCUGCGUUCUGUGGUGUCCAUGAACUUCAAUGUGGUUUAUAUCUACACGGCUGAGGUGUAUCCGACUGUGGUGCGGUCGCUGGGCUUGGGUUUUUCCACGUCGUUCAGUCGGAUCGGAGGGAUGAUUGCUCCUUUCAUCUCUCAGGUGCUCAUGUCUCAGUCUGUGAUUCUGGCGCUGAGUCCGUUCGCCGUGGCGUGCACACUGUGUGCGCUGGGAAGCUUCCUGUUGCCGAUAGAAACAAAAGGCCGAGCUCUGCUGCAAAUCUCCUGACACCGCCACUGGAACAAAUACUCUAUUCUUCCAUUUGAUUCAACCUUAUAAAAUACAUGACAGCA